CGGAAUCGCUCGUAAGAGCUCUGCAGCACGCUCUCUAUUAUACAUUACGUGCGAUGGGUGCUUUUAUACCGUGCAAAAUUAUAUAUGCGAGCUUUUAGCUGAGUACAAAGACAUCGACUAGGACUGUCAUCUGCGUAAAUCACGUAUCUCGAGUGCGAGCGUGUACAGGUGUAGAGCGUGUCAAGUGUCUAUGCUAUACUUGUCAGAUUGAAUUGGCUACGAUCAGUAUUAGCCCGAGCGGAGAGAACUCGAGCUUUUACCGCAUCACCACGUGCUAGUGUGCUCUCUCUCUCUCUCUCUCUCUCCUUUUCUCUCUCCCCUCCAGGUACUACCACUCCGACUGCUACUGCCACUAUAACCGGUGCUGCUACUGCCACCGCUUCUUUUGCGCAUCGACGAGUGCAGUACAGUGCAGAGCGUUAAGCUCUAGUCGUAGGUGCUCGGCCGCCUGCUACGGUGGCUAUGGAGAGAGAAAGACGCGUGAGAGCGGCCGCUGGAUUUCUCGUGCAUUGUGUCAACUCGCUGCGCACGUGCUUGCCGUUCUCGUCAGCAGCCUCGCUAGUGUAUACGCAGUGCCAGUUCGCUCAACUAGCAUAGCUCGCAACUUCGUACGUCGACUAGUUUGCAUCGCGAUCGCUUUUAUAAACUAUAUAUGAUCUAUUAAAAGCUCGCUGAACUUUGCCUCUCUCGCGAGUACAAAUGUGGUGUAUUUUAAGUGAUUUUGCGCAAGCUCGCUUUCUUGCUCUCUGCGUAAUAUCUUUCUCUGUAUAGCCGUGGCAACAGCAGCGGCACAUGUACGAUAAAUAUGUGCUUGCGAGUGGCAGCGGCGAAUGUGCGUGGGCAGCAAUAAUACGGCAUAGCAGCUGCAUCAGCGACACAUCAUCCUAGCUUGAGCGAACUUGUAUAGUUGGCGAAACACGGAAACGAGCAGUUAAGCACUGGCAAUAAUACAUAUAUACGACGACGACGACGGACGAGCCAGAGUAGGCGAGUCACAGUCAGAAUCAGCUCGUGCAGCCUGCAUGCUAUAUACGUAUAUACACACCAACAUAUAUGUACCUAUAUUUAUGACUGAGAAAGUUGAGAGAGGGAGGAAAGCAGAGAAACGACACGCAGAGCGAUUCUGGCGCAGACGUAAACGAGACUCGUCCGCAGCACGUCGCAUCGCAAUCGUACAUAACUUUCUCUCUCGCUCGCACUCGUAAUUCCGUCUCUACUUGCUCAUUCUGCAACGCAAACUGGGCACACAGGAAACUGUUCCAAUCAUCCAGUCGUCGCGUCGCAUACACACACACAUACGCACUAAUCGCACACAACACCGACAGCAGAGCUUGCAGAAACGAUUCGAUAUUUGUGUCGCAUUGAAAAGCUCGGCAGAAUUUUUCCGCAAGCUCUCGACGAGACGAGCUUUUUCUUGCUCCUUGUGUGUAUCUCUGCCUUUUCCUCGCUGAACAUCGACGUAUACAGAAACGUGUGCGUGCCGUGCUUCGAUCGUGUAUACAUAUAUGUGACACCUGUUGGGGGAGUGCGAGCCGAAAGAAAAGGCAGAGAGACGGGCAAGCAGUUAGUGAUCACGAGUGAAAAUAAAGAGAGCUCGAAUUAGUCGGAGCCGAACGACUAGUCAAGGGAGUAAUUGUGUGCGAGAGCAGUUAGCCGGCUACACGUUUAUGCUCUCUCAUUCGCUACGUACGAUUAGCGAAAAGUGAAUCGCGUGUGUGUGUGACAUCCAGCAGUACUAUGCUCAUAGUUUAAGUAUAUCUAAGUGUGCAUAUGCCAGCCGUUGUCUCGCUCGCUCGCUUCACUCGCUCUUCCCUUCCUUCCGGUUAAGCACGCGCCUGCAUAGAUUGAGUCUAGUCCGUGUGUCAGUUUGCAUUAUAGUAACGACGACGACGACGAUUCUCCGUUGAUAAUAUUAAAUCGUCGAGCUCUGCAUGUAUAUGUAAUAUAAGUGUGCCGUGUGCCGUUGUAAUAGUCGUGCACUUGUUCGUGUAUGUGCGGGUGUGCGUGCGUGCGUAUUGUGCUGCGUGCUUCCACUGCCACUAUGCCGUAGCUGACUCGGUAAUGGACUCGCGCGCGGCCAAUUGUCCACUACGACGCCUGCUAAUGAGCCCGACGAUGACGGAGGAAAUGAUGUGCUUCCCGGACUGUGCUUUAGUUUCGACGACGGAGUCGACGACGACGAGGGGAGCAGCUCGCGACGGCUCACUAUCGAUCUCAACGCGCUCCAAGACGCACGUUUUCGCAUUCAAAGCAGAUCAAAGAACGACGACGACCAGCGGCAUCGGAAGCUCAUCAAAGUGAUGCGCUUCCCGCUUUAAGUGAAUUUAUUCACGCGCUCGGCUGGACGUACGCCUAUGGCCUGUAAGCUGCUCAUCGUCGUUUUACUUCGGUGUAAGUGAGCCGUUUAAAAGGACGAUAUAACAAAGAGUUGACUCGACCAGUGCUCGAUAGGCUCGAUGCUGCAGCCAUCUGAUCGACGUGUAAUCGAACGAAAGCCUUACUCUCAACGACAAAGGCAAGAGACAAAAUAAAACUAAACUACCUGAGUGAAACUCCUGUUGCUACUGCUUAUGUUGUUUUACAAUGCUCAAGUCGGUCUGAUGCGUGAAUCAUUGCUCGCAACUGCAUCGGGGCUUGCAUCCUCAGUCGCGAUAAUCAAGCAAUCACAAGCAGUCAGCGUUUAUGGCACAAGUGCUCCAGCAUCCAACACAGUCGGCGAUCGGCGACGGUAGCUUCCUCAAGAUGCCGUCGGACGCUGAGUCCGACGAGGCGGACGUAUCCCUGACCAAAGACAAUCAUCAUCAUAACCAUCGGCAUCACAAUCAUCAUCGUCAGCACCAUCAUCAGCAUCAGACGCGGCAUCACCAGCUGCAUCAUCGCCAGGACAAGGGUGGCAGCGGAGAGGUCGGCGCGCGGGCGAUGGCGCCGCGUCGAAGCGUUACCUCGUGGCACGAGCACGUGUACGCGCCGCCGCCGCGAACGCCAACGGCCCACCGCAUCAGCGACAUCCUCGGCUGGAGCAACAACAACAACAACAACAACAACAACACGAACAACAACAACGGCAGGACGCAGGGCAAGCUGCUGGUCCCGACCCCGAGACGAUUCAGCACGACGAGUCCCCUGCUCAGGGCGCCUUUGCCCGUCUACUCGCCCCUGCCCGCUCAUUCACCGGCUUCUGUGCACACUGGUAGUUUAACAUCGCCACCAUGCACACCGAGUCCAGCGUCACCGAUGGCAUCUCCAGCUUCGGCAAUGGGCUAUACGAACCCCAUCGCGCCGAUGGUUAACAGUUACCAGGGUGGCCUCGGUUCCGAGGAGAACUCGGACGACCGACCGCUAAAUUUAUCCACGAGUACUCGCAGAACACCGAGUCCAUCGCCGAGGGCAUCCUCGGCAUUCUCAGCAGGUGGCUUCGUUGGCAGUGGCAACGGCAGUCCGACUCGUUUGACAACGGCGUCGACGACGACGACGACGACGACCUCGACGACAAAAGCCACGGUGGCAGUGUCGGUGGCGGCGGUGGCUCAACAGUUCCGCGAGCCACCGCCACAUCACGAGUCGCUUUCGCCGUACGCGUUCGCUACGCAUUAUCACAUACCGUUUCCUCACAAUGGACAAAGUGCAGCGGAGAUGCUGUCGGCGACGGCCCGGCAGCUCAACGAAAAGUUCAAAGCUUCCGAGAGAGCCAAAACUGCCGAGAGCGGCACAAACUCGGCCAAGUCGAGCAAUUCCAACGGUGCUGGCAAUAUCAGCGGCAGCGGCAAACGUAAGAGACCCGACUCAAGCCCUUCAGCGACCGCGACCGGCAGCGUUUCAGUCAAGGAAACGGAUCUGAUGGCGCCUGUACCGGUGGAAGCAGCGGUGUCAACGAUACCCAGUAAAAAUAGUCCAGUGGGCAGUAGUUCGACGGGACCAGUCAUGGUUGGCACAAGCAGUAGCUUGAAAUUUCCAACGAACCAAGAAUCGUCAAACGUGGCUGCCGGUGUCGAAUUGAACGACGACAAUGACGCCGCCGCGGCUGCCGCUGCCGAAAGAAAGAAGAAAAAAGCUCGGACUACUUUCACCGGCAGACAGAUAUUCGAGCUGGAAAAGCAGUUUGAAGUGAAGAAGUAUUUGAGCAGCUCCGAGCGCGCUGAGAUGGCCAAGUUGUUGAACGUCACGGAGACUCAGGUCAAAAUCUGGUUUCAAAAUCGUCGCACAAAGUGGAAAAAGCAAGACAAUAUCAGUAAUGCUGAGGCUGCCGAACACAAGAACCAAACAAAUCCAAGCAAAUCUAGUAACAAGUCCUCGUCCUCCAAAUCAUCGACUCACUCAUCGAAGGACAUCGAGGCAAGUUCGGACUCGAACAAUUCUUUGCUGGUCAGUGACGUGAGCAAUUCCGUACCUGAAAGUAACACCAGCAGCUGUAGACUGGCCACACCCGAACCCGCAGGCAGUGGUAGUAGUUGUCUCGAUGUCGCAUCCGUUGGCAUUAAAGAGCGCCACGAGAAGAAAAUUGUCUCAAAGGAUCUUGUAUCAGUAAAAAAUCAGUCAAGAACUAAUACAGUUAAAGAACAGACUGAUGAUGAGAAUAGAAUAGAGACGAAUAGCCUCGACGAUCUCGAAACAUCCUCGAGCGACAAUAAAGUGUCAAGUUCGCCUCCGCCAAGUCCUAGAGUGCCUGAGGCAAUAUCGAAUUUAACAGCUGCAACAACGUCUUCAACAACGGCGAUGACGACGACGGAAGCGACGUCGAAUUCACCGAAAGUGACGCCAGUUAAGUCUAUUUCAAUGGUGCAAAAUGAGGAAGAGAAGAUGGAAGAGGAUGGGGAAGAAAGAGCAACGAUGACUAGAAGUCGGACGAAAGUGAGUUCGAGCCCAGAGCCACCCAACAGCUAACAUGCGAGCUCAGAAACGAAACACUUGCGCGGCAACGCCAAAUCUUUACGUGCAAUUGUCGUUUAAAAAUAAUUUAAUACGAGUCUUGCAAAAUAUUUUAUUAUCAUAACACUUAAUUCAUAUUUAAGGGCAUGGUGAAGCUAGCUUAUGCAUUACAUUUUUAAUCCAGUUUUUUGAAUCUUUUACUGAAUAUUUCUCUAAAAAGCUUUGUAAUAUAUAAAACAGCAAAAUUAAAGUAAUUAUAAAACUUUUCAGAGAAAAAUCUUGUUGAGUUUUUAGGAUGAUGGAUUAUAAUUAAUUUUGGCUGGCUUUGCGAUCUCUUUAAGGUAAAACUUUCAUUUGUAAAAAUUGAUCAUUGGUGUUUCGAAUAAUUUAAAUUACAUUUGAAUUUGAUUUGAAUCUUUUUUAAUUGGCUAAUCGAACGCAGUAAAAUUUUUACAUUUAUUGCGGUGUUGUGUAUGUUUUGUUCUAUUAGGAGCACAUUAUAACUUGACGUUAGUAACCUCGAACUUCUGCGUAUCAUUAUUGAGUACAAAAAUUUCAAAAUUAUAAAACAAUUGUAUUAAUAGUUAUGAUUACUAAAAUAUACGAUAUUUUAACUAAAUAAAUUAUUUUUUUCGAUCAUAUAUUUUUACUGUGUUUUGUAAGUAAAAGUGAAACGUAUGAUUUUAUCUUAAAUUAUUUAUAAGUACGUAAUUCAUCGCAAAUGGUUGAUAAAAAAAUUAAUUUUACUAUUAUUGCAGAAAUCGUUUUAGAACAAAUGAAUGUCAGAAGAUUUUGUGAUCGAUUUGAUAAAUGCCAAAUAACGCGAGAUAAGAGAUUAUUUUCAUAAAUCGUAUAAUUUUUUAAAUCUUUUGGAAUUGCAACAAAGUACUCAGGUAAUUUAGCACACCUACUUGUUCACCUACAAUGACGUGCACAUAUAUUGAUAAAAGCUUUACGUGUUCAGCUAAAGUAUUAGUAUUACAUAUUACAUAAUUAUGUAUACACGAAUACGGGAACGCUAGAUAUUAACGAAUAUUUUAUUCUGAAUUGAUCUCUUUCUCUCUUUCUCUCUCUCUCUCUCUCUCUCUUUAUCUUAAAUUGUAAUUGAAAUUUCGUACUCUUUGAUGAGAAGAAUAUGAUCGAGAGUCUUGUGAAUGUGAAAAGUUUUUCUGCCUGUAAAUGGUAAAUUAAUAUUUGUGUAACGAUAAACAAGAAGUUAAAGUAGGCUCAUUUUUCUUAUAGUAAAGUAUACGCAAUUAAUAUUUGUUAAAUAAAUAAAAAGAGAAAAACUGUUAUCGAUUAUAAAAAUGACAAACAUAAUCAUUGCGACCAUUCGCACUUUUACGUACCUGCUUGUAAAACUAUUGUAACUUCCUCUUAAACUUGGUUCCAUAUUUUGGCCAACAACUUUGAACACGCCUCACUUCUCUUUCGUGACUCAUAAUUGACAAUUAUUUGUGAAGUCAGAGUACUGAUUAGUGGAACUUUUUAUGCUCUCAAUAGGAUUAAUAAUAUAAAUUAUAAGUAUCUAAAAUUAUCAAUCAUUAUCGUCUAAAAAAACUAAUUUGACGAAGUGUUUUG